CACUGAAGCGGAUCUCGGUAAGAAACGUAGAAGAGCGAGGGGGGUUUGGUUUUGCACUGAGCUGAGCCUAUUUUCAACGAUUUCAGUAAAUCUAUCUCUCUGCAAUCAUGUCUCCGUGAUUACCAUUAUUUCAUCAUACUCAAAUUCACCUCAAUUUCAUUUUCCCAAAUUUUCUGUAGUAUCAUUUCAGAUUCAAUUCGAUCAUAACCCUCAAAUGCAAUGGUGGUCUGCAAAUGUCGCAAGGCUACUAAGCUAUAUUGCUUCGUGCAUAAAGUUCCUGUAUGUGGAGAAUGUAUCUGUUUCCCGGAGCACCAAAUCUGCGUGAUACGGACGUAUUCGGAAUGGGUUAUAGAUGGAGAGUAUGACUGGCCGCCAAAAUGCUGCCAAUGCCAGGCUGUUUUAGAAGAGGGGAGUGAAUCUCAAACUACUCGACUCGGUUGCUUGCAUGUUAUCCACACAAAUUGCUUGAUCUCGCAUAUCAAGAGCUUUCCUCCACAUACUGCUCCAGCAGGAUAUGUGUGUCCUUCAUGCCCCACUUCGAUAUGGCCUCCCAAAAGCGUGAAAGAUUCGGGAUCUCGCCUUCAUUCCAAGUUGAAGGAAGCUAUCUUGCAGACUGGUAUAGAAAAGAAUGUCUUUGGAAAUCAUCCAAUUUCGUUGUCAGUGACAGAAUCACGUAGUCCUCCACCUGCUUUUUCUUCUGAUCCAUUGAUUGGUAGGGAAAAUCACAGAAACUCAGAGUCAGUAGAUGGAUCAGAACUUUCUAAACUUUCAGUUACAGAUAUUGUGGAGAUAGAUGGUUCUAAUUCAGGAGGAAAUUUCAUGAAAAGCACAAGUCCAGUUGGUCCUGGUGCUACCACAAGGAAGGGAACAGUCCAUGUUGACCGACAAAACUCUGAAACCUCAUACUAUGCUGAUGAUGAAGAUGCGAAACGCAAAAAGUAUAUAAAAAGAGGUCCAUUCCACCACAAGUUUCUUCGAGCAUUGCUUCCUUUCUGGUCCAGUGCUUUGCCUACUCUUCCGGUGACUGCACCACCUGUAAGGAAAGAAGGAUCAAAUGCAACCGAAGCCCCAGAAGUUCGUGCACGGCAUCCAAAGUCAUCACGGAUGGACCCCAGAAAGAUUCUUCUACUGAUUGCAAUCAUGGCAUGCAUGGCAACUAUGGGUAUAUUGUAUUACAGACUUGUACAACGGGGUCCCGGGGAUGACCUUCUUAAUAAUAAUAAUAAUAUUAAUGAUGAAUAAACUUUGAAUGGAGUGCUCUAUUAGUCACGAGGUAUUCAGCGGCUCCAUUUCUUUAUAUUUAGCUUGUUACUGUUGCUGCAGCUGCUUGCUUAACUGUUUGGCUUUAUUUCGAAUAGAGUAGCUGUUUUUGAAAAACAUGGAAGUAGCUGGUUAGUAACUUCUUAUUUGAAUACCGAUGUCAGUGGCGUGAUACAUGUCAUCCAUAUUUGGUCUUUGCACUCAGUUUUGGUGUCUAUUUGAAAUGUAAUUGCAGAUUCAGAUUUAUAUGUUGUUCACUUAUUUGGAUCAUUGUUGUAAAUCCGGAAUCUUAUAAACCUCUGAGGUCAAAUUGGCUUGACGGUUUCAAAUAUAAUUUGCAUGUUAUUACUUA